AUGCCGGGUCCCGUCGUCGAAGAAAUUAAAGCUGAGGAAAAGUUUCAGGAUGAGCUAGUGAUAGAGGACGUGAAAGAGGAUGAGGACCAUGAAGAUGAUGCUGAAGAUUCCGAUGAGGAAGAUGACGACAAGGAAGAUGGUAGCCCAGGUGGAAAUGAAAGUUCUAAGCAGAGCAGAAGUGAGAAGAAGAGUCGUAAGGCCAUGUUGAAACUCGGAAUGAAACCUGUUCCUGGUGUUAGUCGGGUCACCAUUAAGAGAACCAAAAAUGUGUUAUUUUUCAUCUCAAAGCCUGAUGUUUUCAAGAGCCCAAAUUCUGAUACCUAUGUCAUUUUUGGAGAAGCUAAGAUUGAGGAUUUGAGCUCUCAGCUGCAGACAAAAGCUGCCCAACAAUUCAGGAUGCCUGAUAUGGGUUCUGUAAUGGCUAAACCUGAUACUUCUGCUUCGGCUGCCGUAGAACAGGCGGACGAGGAUGAGGACGAAGACGAAGAAGAGAUUGACGAGACUGGAGUCGAGCCUCGGGACAUUGAUUUGGUCAUGACACAAGCGGGGGUGUCCAAGGGCAAGGCUGUGAAGGCUCUCAAGGCUCACAAUGGAGACAUAGUCAGUGCCAUCAUGGAGUUAACCACCUAA